AAAGCAUCUCUUAUGGAAGCAGUUGGGAAACCAGACAGUUGUUUUCUCGUUUUUGGCAGAGAAGCUGAGAAUGGACACAAGUCAGUGGGCUUUUCAGAAUACGGCAACGAUAAUAACAGUCUCCACACUUACUACAUAAGUAUCGUCAUCCGUUACGGACCAGUUUUCUGUCGUUCACCUGUGAACGGGAUUUGUCAGCAGUCCGCAAGUGUAUAAUAAAGCUGAAGGAGCUGAGAACCGGAAAGCACAUGGAGAUCGGAGGCGCUCUGGUGCUCCUGUGUAUCAUCAUCUGUACUCCAGGCUGUGAGGCUGAUCCCUGCCAACCUUCUGUGAAAGGCAGUCGAACGACACUCAACGUAACAGAGGGUGCCAAAGCUAAGAUGCAGUGUAUUGUCGAACAUUGUGGGGAAGCCCACUGGAGUGGGGGCUGGGGGCGGAUUCUCAAGUCAUUCGUUGUCCUACAGCCCACCCCCAGACACGAACUUUACAACAGCACCCUUUCAGCAAACAUUACCAUGCUCUUUCUCGAGAUCCUCAACACCAACCUGUCAGAUGCAGGGCUAUACCAGUGCAGAGUCAAGAUGAGUACACAAACCAUGAAUGGUCAUGUGACAACCCUGCAUAUCACUGAUGCAGUGGCAGGGGAGAAGGUGCGGUCCAGGGUAGCCGUGUACCUCGGGGUCUGUGUCUACAUCCUUCUCAUCCUGGUGCUCACCUGUUUCCCGAGCCCUGCCUGUAGGAAGUCCUGUCACCCAAGGAACCUUCCGGAAGAGCAGCCUCCAGAUGUCACAGCACCCGGGACGGCUCACCUGAAGGGAGAGGUGGUCUACACCUCCGUUCUGCUGGACAGCGGUAGGACUGCAGCCAGACAGGAACACCAAGAGAGAGCACCUCCUACGGUAUAUUCCUCCCUGCAAUUCCCACUGAGACAGUCCCACAUGCCUCAGCUAAAAAAGGAGGUCCUGUAAUUGAGUGGCUGAACAGGAAGUACCGAGAACCUGCAAGAGCAUGAAUGGACUGUGAUUGGGUGACUGAACAGGAAGUACUGGGAGCCUGGAACAGCAGGAAUGGACUGUGAUUGGGUGACUGAACAGGAAGUACUGGGAGCCUGGAACAGCAGGAAUGGACUCCACAGCACAGACUGUAUGGGACCUGUAGGCUGCCUAUCUGAUGUGUUGAUGAGGAUCCAGAAUUCAGCCACGUUUCUUCAUCAAAAGAAAACUCUAGCUGUAACUCACUCUGCACGAUGCCAUGGUGAAUGUAAAAUAAACAAAGAUGUCCACCA